GCGGCUGGCGGCGGCGGCAGCGGCGUCCAGUCGAGCGCCGACACCGUCCGCGUCCGUCCGCCCGGCAUGGCUCCGACGCAGGUGCGUGUGCUGCUGGUGGCAGUUCUGGCAGUCGGCCUGGGCGCUACGUUGGCCCGGUCGGCUCCUGUCGCCGCUGCCACGCCCCGUCUGCCAUCCGCCGAGUCAGCAGAGCAGGGCCAGUUCGGACAGAAACUGAGCUCCGCCGUCGACAAGGAGGACAGUCGCGGACCGCUCCCGGACGAGGCUGACGGCAGUGAGCAGGCGGCGGCGUCCUCUGAGGAGCCGCCGCGGCCACCGCCGACGACUCCGACCGACCCACCGGCCACCGCGCGACCCGGGGUGCCCGCUGUAGUCCGCUCGGCACACCACCGGCGCCGCGGCGGCCGCCGGCGGACGAUCAAAAUCGCGCCCACCGUCAGCACGCAGACGCUGAUCGGCGCCUCCGAGCCGUCGGACGGGUCUGGGUCGACAAAAACGCCACAGCCGCCGGCCACCCGAACAGCCCCUGAGCCCAAGGAGCCGGCGGCGGGCGCGGCGCGGGCCGGACGGUCGGCCGUCAGCCCUGCGGAUCCAGAGCCGGUCCCUGAGCAGCGCCGGAGGCUGUCGGAAGACGAACAGGAGACGUCCGGCAGCUCACGCGUGCUCACCUAUCACGUGCAGCACACUGAGCACGCCAGGGUGGCUAAAUCACCGCGUGAGUCCCCCGACUUUUUCGUGCCGCCCAUCCAGCGGCGUCCGUCUCGGCGCGGCGUGCCGCUGUCGGCACAGAGCCAGCAGACGCAGGCCGGCGCCGGCCGCUCGCUGGGUGAGCAGCUGGCUGAACAGGUGCGCCGGCAGCUGGCUGAGCUGCAGGCACAGCAUGACCAGCACCUGAAGGAGGACCAGUACCAGCGGCAGCAGCAGCAGCAGCAGCUGGCGCAGCUGCACGCCCAGCAGAAGGAGCAGCAGCGGAAGGAUCAGGAGCAGCAGCGGCAGCAGCAGCAGCAGCAGCUGGCCGAGCUGCUGGUCCAGUAUGAGCAGCAGCAGAAGCAGGAGCGCCAGCAGCAGCAGCACCAGCAGGAGCAACAGCAGCAUCAGGAACAGCUGCUGCAUCAACAGCAGCAGCAAGUUGCGGGCUCCAGUACCGAGCGGCCCUACGAACCUCAGUUUGUACCGACCUCACCCACCACCACCAGUGAGCCGUACCGCCACCCGUUCAUCCCCUCCUCUCCCACGACCACGAGCGAGCCGUACCGGCACCCCUUUAUCCCCUCCUCUCCCACCACCACCAGUGAGCCCUACAAACACCCCUUCAUCCCCUCGCCGCCGACCACCACCAGUGAGCCUUACGUGCAUCCGUUCAUUCCCUCCUCUCCGACGACCACCAGCGAGCCUUACGUGCACCCGCACAUCCCGGUCCCACCGGAGAGCACCCGGCAGCCACCGGCGCCGGCCGAGGAGCGUCCUCAGGCGCGUCGCGUGUCGUCUGGCUCCUCGGUGCCGCGGCUGCACCUCCCCAGGAAGCCGGUGCCGACGGCCGUCCCGCCGCCGGUGGAGAUCACCACGGAGCCACCGACUGCCGCUCCGGCCUCCGACCCGGCGGCCACCAUCGUCCACCAACAGAAGGUGGAGGCCGGUCUCAUCGUGGGUGAGUACGGCGAGCUCAGCCUGGCCGGCGACACCGUGCGAGGCGUAAAGUACUCGGCCGACAGCAGCGUGGACCGCAGCCUCCUCGAGAAGGCGCUCCGGCAGUUCCUGCAGUUGUGAGCGGCGCCACGGUGAGCGCCGCGCGCUGCUAUUUAUUGGGGCUCCGCCCGUACCGCGGGCGGGCUUCACAGGCUGUGAGGAGCGCGUCGCCAUCGUCACUGGACACUGGUGCGGCUGAGAUGCCCCGUUACCAUCGCGUCGGCCGGAGAACCGUCAUAGCCGGGGGAAGUGAGAAUUCAGUGGAAUCUCACUGGGGGCUCCCCGAUCUCUGAGGAACGGGAGGGGAGCGGGCAGCGGGAGCUCGGAAUGAAGCCUCAAACUACGUACUGUCACCAAAUAUCCUUCCGCCCGUCCAUCCGUCCGUGAGUUUGUGCGAUCGACGUCCUUCCGCCCGUGAGUGCGUUCACACGUCUCUGUCCGGUAGUUCAUGCGUCCGCCCGUGUGGCCACGCGACCUUGAUGGCCGACGCAAGGUCGUCGCGCAGUGACCACUGGGUGAGGCGUUACGGGGAGCUCGUGGGAGCGGCCUUGGAGCGGCCACCGCCGCCGGCCGGUCAUCGAGUCCGGUCCAGGAAGCUGACGGACAGGGGUACCGCCCGGCCCCGCCCGUCCCGGCCCACCCAGACUGCACCCGACCGGUCCGCUGGAGCCGGGCCGACAUGUCUGCAGGGGCCUGGUUGGGCAGCUCAGAUCGGUAGCGGUGGAAUGUAUUCAGAAAAGCUUCAGAGUCUAUGGGGCAUUACUGGGGCUGCGGGAGACGCAUUUGUAUAUAGACGUGCCGUCAUCAUGGAUGCAGUGAUGGAGUGAGUCAAUGUUGAACGUUGUCGAUGAUGGUAAGAGAGAUAUGAAGUGGAGAGUAAUACUGCCGUACCAUGAGUGCCAUUUGUUCUGACGGCUGUGUUUGUGCACACUGUCACAUCUCAUCCUGUCAACGCGAAAAUACAUGUGGAGAUGAGAG